AUGACUGGAAAACUGGCAGCAAACCUGAGUAUCUUAUUCUUGAGCAGCAUUAAAAAUAAAGGAAAUUUGAUGCUACAAAUAUCUUGUGGGGGCAGAUUGGGCCAUAGAUGGUGCCUUAUUGAAACCAUACUGAGCAAGUAUGCAAAACAGGCCCAACAAGCCGGGGAGAUCUUUGGUGCCAAUGACCCGAAGGACAGUCGCAGAAUAUUUGGCAACGAGUUCCCAGGAUGCUUGUUCGAACAAGUGAAAAGCACGUACCAGCGAGAACAGUUCGCCAUUGGCAGCCUGGCUUACGUGAAACCUGAGGAACACUCUCUGGCAAAUCCUCAAAGUUUGUCUUUUCAAUACGUGCCCAUUGGCAAGGUGAUCAAGAACCUGCUUCAAGUACCUGAGCUGUCAAAACAUCGCCUACAGGUGACUGAACAAGAUACGACCGGGCCGCAAAUACCGCGGUGCUUCCGCGAUGGCAAGGCAAUCAAAGAAGUGCAGACUGGUAUCCACAAUGAACCUGUGCAUAUGCGGCACAUUCUGCUGUAUACGGACGAGCUGGGUAUCACGAAUCCCAUAGGGGCAAAGCAGAAGAGACACAAGCUACUUGUCGUCUACUUUUUGGUGCUUAACCUGCACCCACGCUAUCGGCCGGAGCUCAAGGACAUCCACCUCACCUUGAUGGCGAAAUACCAGGACGUUGAGCGGGAGGGCCUAGACAAAUUGUUACAGCCCCUCCUUCAUGACCUGAACGAGCUCAACAACAAUGGGCUUCAGGUCCAAAUGCAGGCAAGCAUCGUCACCGUGAAUGUAGCGGUUGUAGGAGUUUGCGGUGAUAAUCUCUCCUUAAACAUACUUGGUGAGUUUUCCUGCUGCCUUAGCAGUGGCAGGGUCUGCCGCAUUUGCAUGGCCCUCAAGCCAAAGCUGCCAGACCUUACGAGAGAGGGACUGUGUGCGUUAAGGAGUGCAGCCACACACAAAGAACAUCUGACAGCAAUCGCAGUCAACCCAGCACUCAAGAAGAUGUAUGGUGUCACAGGACCUUCUCCUAUGCUGGCACUGGGACACUUCGACAUCACCAAGCAGCUCAUGCCUGAUCUGAUGUACGACCUCUUUGAAGGAGGAGUUGCACUUGUGUUGCAUUACGUCCUUCAAGGCCUUGUCUCCGAAGGAACGCUUGAAUUGGCAGAUUUCAAGAAGGUAGCUGCCUUCAAGUGGUGCCUUUUCCGGCUACUGCCCCAGAUGCUUGCAUCCAACAUUCCCGAGGGCAACCCACACUGGGAUCUGUACCUGAGGUAUCGCGAGAUUGUCGACAUGGUCCUAGCAACCGAAGUUCCAGCUGGAUUUCUACCGUACCUGGAAGACCAAAUUCAAGAUUUUUUUCGCGCCUACCAUGACCUGUACCCAUCCGCCAGCGUAACUGCCAAACUGCACUACAUGGUGUACUACCCUCGUAUUUUCUCGGAGUUUGGACCCCUCCGGCAGUUCUGGCGCAUGAGGUUUGAGGAAAAACACCAGUACUUCAAAAGCAUGGCCUCAAAAGUGAAGAACUUCCGGAACAUAUGCAAAACGCUAACAAUGCGCCAUCAGCUUCUGGAAAGCUACCGACACCAGACCUAUGUCCUCGACAAGCCUCUCUCUGCCCUGGGAUCAAGAAAAGUAGACCCUGGCACGCUGCCCCCUUGCGUACAGAGCUUGGCAAGCGAAGGUUAA